AUGGGAUUGCUUAUCAAUGGAUCUGUUCAAGGCACAAUCAAACCAACUUGUGGCCUCCAUCAGGGAGACCCCCUAUCCCUAGCCCUCUUCAUUACUGCUGCGGAUGUUUUAUCUAGAUUAAUAACUACAAGAAUGAUCGAGGGGCACAUUCAAGGUUUCAAGGUUUCCAGAGAUGGUCCGGUAAUUACACAUCUGAUGUUUUCUGACGAUGUAAUAUUAUUCAAGAAAGCUUCGGUCAAGGAAGCUAAAGGUUUCCUUCGGUGCCUUGAAGAUUAUUGCUCUUGGUCGGGACAAGCGGUCAACUAUCAAAAGUCAACAGUGUUCUUCUCCAAGGGAGUUUCUUCGGGGCUUGCGAGGGAGAUUGCGGGGAUUCUCAACAUGAAAAGAAUGAAGAAUGAUGCAACUUACCUAGGCCUUCCUCUCUUCAGAUCCCUAAACAGGUCAAGAGAUCUUCGGUUUCUAGUUGAUAGGGCUUUGCAAAGGGUUAGGAGUUGGAAGACUAGGCUCCUCUCAAAAGCAGGGAAAACCUGCCUGAUUCAAUCGGUUGGAUCUGCUUUGGCUUCUUAUGUCGCGGCUACUGAACCAAUUUCAUUGAAUGUUGCAAGGAAACCUAAACUCAGAGGAGGGUUGGGAUUUAGAACUGUUGAAGCGGUGAACAAGGCUUUCAUGACUAAAUGGGCUUGGAAAGCUUUGACUGAUAAUACCAAUACGUGGAGCAAGGUGGUACAAGCUAAGUACUUAAAGGGAAGAAACUUCCUGAAUCUUGAAAAACAAGGAGGUGAAUCGGGGAUGUGGAAAGCUAUCUUGGACUCCCGGGGAGUGCUUGAGAAAGAGUGGUUUGGAAGAGACAAUGCUCAAGCUAUGUUGAAUAUUGACCUUCCUAACGACAAGAUUAACGACUCAGGGAUGUGGUUGGGUGAACAUAAUGGGAUGUUUUCUAUAAAAUCUGCUUAUCGGAUGAUCAAGGGCCACGAUCCGAAUUAUGAGGAGGGUGUUUGGAAACUCAUUUGGAGUUCUCCAAUUCACUCUCGACUGAAGUUCUUGUGA